ACAAACGACGACCACAACAAGAUUUCUGGUCCGAACGGUUGAACGCGGCGAACGGCGAAGUAAUAUUGUUUUGCGCACAUCGGGUCGCUUCGUCGCUUUUAUUUAUUUAUAAUCCCGUAAUCCCGUGAUCACAGAACUGCAUUUUAUCCAAAAAAAAAAGAUUAUAUAUAUACGAUAUUUCAGUUAUAACCGCGAGUGUUUGUGUAAUUUUUUUGUAUUGUUUUAAAGUGUUAACACCUAGUGGGUCUGCUGGCGGAAAAGAAAAUACGGCCAAGAGGCGAAAAUUAGAGAAACGAAUCGAAGAGAGGACGACAUCGGAAAACCCGGGGUGCCCCCCACACAGCCACCAAUACCAACCCCCUGAGAAAAACAUAAAAAAAAAAACAACAAAAAUUAGGGGUUGCAAAAAUUUCUGCAGUCGAAAAAACAAAAAAAAAACAUAAGAAUUGAUAGAAAAAUAAGAUCCAAUUGGAAUAGUUCAAAGGGCAAUCCCGGCGAGAAUCCUUUGAGUAUCACCCCAUUGAGCUCGCGUGCCAUGCGUGACCUCGGCACCAAAAUGGCCGAGCUAAAAUUCGAGGCUCCAUUAGCAAAGUUCGAGGAGACGGACGAGUGGGGCGGCUGCGAUUACAUUUCCAAUCAGAACGCUCUCAACGACACCCUCAACCUGAAUCUUAAGGAUGCCGCAGCGGCUGCGGGCAAGUCUCAGGAUGCCGCCGGUAAGCUACGGCUUCUGGAGGACGCCGUCCGUGAUGCCCAUGUGAGCAAGAAUGGGGGUGUUGAUGGCAACAUUGGCGGCGGCAGCAUCAGUCCCAAUUGCAACACCAUGCAGGGUGCCUUGGAUUUGGGUCUGUCCGAUGUGGGUCUCGUUCCUGGCGAGGAUGCCGGCGCCAUGGAUAAACGCUGCGGCGUUGGAGAUCAUGUGGACAACUUUACAGAGACCUUUGGCGGCAGUCUGGAGGAUCUGGUGAAUACAUUCGAUGAGAAGAUAACCAAAUGCUUUGGCAACUACGAGGAGAAUGUGGAGGAACUGGCUCCGGUGCAGGUUCGCAGCCAGGAGGAGAUUAUGAAUGAAUGCCAAAUGUGGUGGACCAUCACUGGCAACUUUGGCAAUAUACUGCCCAUUGACUGGUCCAAAUCGUACACCCGUCAGAUGCACAUGCCCACUCUGAAUCUCGGCCAGAAUCCCACAAAACAGCAACAGAACUCACGCAACCAACAGCAGCAGAAUCAGUUGCAUCACCAGAGCACACACAGCAGCAAUGGCUUUGGACCGGGAUCUGGAUCGGGAUCGGAGGCACAGACCCCUGGUGGCGAUGACUUCAACGAUCUGGCCAGCGAGGAUGAGGCGGUGGCCAAUGAUCUGGACAUGCAUGCCCUAAUACUGAACGGUUUGAAUGGAGAUCUGGAUGAUCAGCCCAUCAAGACCGUGGAGGAGGUGAUCAAGGAGAUCGAUGACAUCAUGGAUGAGGCGGAGAGCCCGCUGGACGAGCCCGAGACCUGUGAGUCGGAGGUUAUCGAGAAGGCGCGAGAGGUCCUGGGAGCGCCCCUUUAUGCAGAGAAACUGCAAUAUUUGACCACGACACAGCUUAACGAGCUGUACAUGGAGAUGGAGGUGCUGAUCCAGGAGCUCAGCGAGACUUUGAUCAACGAGCUGGCACUGCGGGACGAGCUGGAGUUCGAGAAGGAGCUGAAGAACUCAUUUAUUUCCCUGCUCCUGGCCGUCCAGAACAAGAGGCGGCAAUACCAUGUGGAGAAAAAGCGCGGAAAGUUUCAGGGUCCCGAGCCUAAGUACUUGACCACUGUCAUUCCGUAUCAUUUGGAGAAUGGAACACCCAACAAUCAGUCCUUGCAGGUUCUGAUCAAAAUUCUUAAAGCCAUUAAUGAGGAUAGUCCCACGGUGCCGGCUCUACUGACGGACUAUAUCCUGAAGGUGCUCUGCCCCACAUAAGCGCUUCAAUCUAGGCCAGCUGUCUCAGCUCUAUCUCUCUGUCUGUGUUUAUAAACGAAAGAAAAAAAAAACAUCUAUAUACAACUUGCAUAUAUACACAAUACACACACAUUAAUUUAAUUAGUUUGUACUUUACAAUUUUAUAAUUUAAAUGCAAUCCGUGUACUCCCCAUCAUUCUAAAAUGAGCUAAUGAUUUCCACAUAUAGAACAAAAUAUGCAACAAAAUAUACAUGUAAUACAUAUAUAGACACAUAUAUAACACAUAACAAAAUAUUAAUGGAGAGCGCGCUAUAAUGGCAAUAAUACUCACUUCUCUGCCUCUCUAUCUCUCCAAAACAACAAAAUGCUAAAAAAAAAAACAAAAUAUAUAAGAAUCGAUGGGAAUAUUUAUACUUAAAAUGUAUUGUUAUAGAGCUGAUUUCAACUAAGCUUAUUAAAUGAUAUAUAAACAGCUUGAUCAGAUCGAUAAGACCGCUCUUUCUAUAUAUGUAUGUGUAAUAACCGAUAAAAACCGAUCGAAAGAAAAAAAUCGAAAAUCGAAUCGAUAUUCGUUUAUCGCUUGUAAUAUGUUCGCGCUGCUUUCUGUAAUCGGCAGCAAAAUCCAUAGUUUGUACAAUAUGUAACUUGUAUGUAUAGAUUGUAAGACGUCAGAAUGGCCUGUUCCCUACAAGAAAUUAUAGAAAUGAAAAACCUACAACCAGAACAAAACUAAAAUGAAAAAAAAAUCAAACAAAAACAAAGAUAAUCUGCCUGCCGCCGCCGCAUUUCCAAAUGUGUUCCGCGUUCGAAUCCUCAAACUACAGGCAGGACAGCGAAUCAGGUUUAUACAAAAAAAAAUUGUUUCACUUUGCUUUAAGUUUUAUUUAAUGCUAUUAUCUACUAUAUAUAUUUUUUUUAAAUUGUUUUUUUUUCUUAUUUGCUCGCGAGGCCAUAAAAUGCGUUCUGUUUUGUUUAAAACAAUUGUUUAAAUGUAAAAAAAAAAACAAAAAACAACAAAAAUAUAUACAAAACGAAAAUGUAAUUUUAAUUUGCAUAGAAAUCGCUGUGUUAUUUACUUUUACCAAACAAGCAUAAAUACAUUUAAUUAAUAAAAUAAAUAAAUAGUUAAAAACAACAAAAAAACGAAAAGAAAACAGUCAGGCGCACAGUGCUAUUCUUUUUAUUAUAAUAAACCAAUAUUUUUCCCCCCUUACUUUUAAAGCUACAGUCACAUUUAAAAAUGAUAUAAUACUAAGCUACGAUCACCCUUAAGAACUAAUGGAAGAUAUAUUAUUAAAUCGCAUCCUCGUAAAGUCCAAACAAAGUACCACAUUGAUAUCAUGUUUCACAUUUCACGACAAAGACGACAAAAGGGGAGCUAAAGAAAGGAAUUCCGAUCUAUUUGAAGGAUUUAUUAUAAAUCACAUCUAAUGCAAAUCUUAGGUACCUUUGUUAGUAAACAAUAUGCAUACAUACCUAAAACAAAACAAAAAUUAUAUAUGAAAACAAAAAACAAAUGAAAAACCAACAAAAAAAAUACAAAAAAUAAUGCAUAAAUGUUUACGACUUUAUAUACAUUAUAUUUAAAUGUAUAUCACAUAAGGUCGCGCUUUAUAAGAAAUACAAAACAUAAAAGAAAUGAAAACGUAUUUACUAAAAUGCAUAAUUCAAAUGGAAUAUGACUUUUUUUUAGGUCUCAGCUAAAGUAAAACAAACAGAAAAAAAAUACAAAGGCUAUAUAAAUCAUACAAUAUGAUAAAAAUAAAAAUGAAUUAAGAAAUGGAAUCCCCUAAUUGUAUGUGUAUUUGUAAAUUAUUUAAAAAAGAGUCCAUGUUAAAGUCGAACGAAAAACGGAAACGGGAUAUGUCGUCUAGAAUGGAAAUUAUAUUUAUUUGAUAAAUUAGUAAAAAAAGGAAACAAAAAGGAAUAAAGGAAAACGACAACACAAAAAUACAUACAUAGUUCUAUGUAUACAUGCAAUGCAAUGCUCUAUAUACAAAAA